AUGGGCUGCAAUAAUAGCGUGCAUGUUGUUCAAGAGCCACUGGUGCCCUUACUUCAUACAAACGACCCACAAGUAGAAAAUAUUAAUACAUCAGAUAUUAUUACGACGCAACCGACUACGACGAACAAUAACGACAAUGAUACCAAGUCUAUAUCCAACUCAAAGAAAAAAAUAAAAAAUCCAUCCAUAAAUCCGGUUAGCCAGACUAAUCAAAAUGUUGUGAUUAUCUGGACAGAUACCAAUAUAGAUUUGUCUAAAAAAUCAUAUCAAGAUACGCUGACAAAACUUCAACGAAUUACACCAUCAGUCUACACAUGCACAGAUAUCCAACAAUGUCUCCACCAUAUCGAUACCGUUCAAGAUAAAAAGGUCUUUCUCAUCGUGUCCGAUGCACUAGGCGAACAACUGCUGCCUCUUGUUCAUCACAAACCUCAAAUCCAUGCCAUCUAUAUUUUCAGCCAAGCAAAACAACAUCGUCUACCUUGGGCAGCCAAAUGGUCGAAAAAAGUCAAAGAAAUCCUCUUCAACAUCGAAGACAUUUACCAGAAGAUCAAAACUGAUAGCGCUCUCAUUGGUGGUUCGACACCGAUCAGUGUCAUACGUCGAAUGGAUCUUCCCACGUCAGCUACCAACGAGCUCGAUCCAGCAUUCAUGUACUCACAACUACUCAAAGACAUUCUCAUCGAAAUGAAACAUGAACCCGAUGCAAAGAACAAGCUAGUCGAAUACUGUCAGAGCAAAUAUGCAGAUAGCAUUUAUCAGCUGACGCUCAUCGAUGAAUUCGCCAUCGAAUACAAGAGUGACUUGGCCGUCUACUGGUACACGAAAGAAUCAUUUCUGUAUGGUUCACUCAAUCGAGCUUUGCGGACACAAGAUGUGGAAACAAUCAUGAAGAUGGGCUUCUUCGUGCAAGAUCUACAUCGGCAGAUUGUCGAAUUGCACAGACAACAGUCGGAAACACGCGACGGCAGUAAGUUCGUGGUUUAUCGAGGUCAAGGUGUGGCUCCGGAAGAGCUGGAAAAGAUCAGGACGGGUCAAGGUGGUCUGCUGUCAUUUAAUAACUUUCUAUCGACCAGUCUGAACAUAAAAGUUGCACAGCGCUUUGCACAAAAUGCACAUGGCAAUGAAAAUGUUGUGGCAGUGCUGUUUGAGAUGGAGAUCAAUCCGAAGAUAUCGUCGGUGCCAUUUGCGUUCGUCGACAAGGAAGGUGCAUUCGAAAGUGAAAGUGAAGAUCUGUUUUCGAUGCACACAGUAUUUCGAAUCAUGGGUACCGAACAAGUUGGUGAUCGAUUUUGGCAAGUGAAGUUAGCACUGACGAGCGACAAUGAUGUGCAACUGAAGGUUCUUGGUGACUACAUGAGAAAAGAACUAGGUGAGGGUGAUUCAAUGAGUAAACUUGGUCAUCUGAUGCUGAAAAUGGGAGAAUACAAUCAAGCACACGAUAUUUAUGGCACGCAGAUUGGGUCAGUAGAGGAUAACAAUUGGCGACGGCAGUCAUAUUUAAAUCAUCAACUUGGGUGGGUUUUUAGUCAGAAAGGUGACUACCGAACUGCACUCUCGUAUUACGAAAAAGCUAUUCAGAACAAAGGAGAUGCUCUAGGAGCUGAGGAUCCUUCUUUAGCUCCGACUUAUCAUAAUAUUGCUGGUGUUUAUCGAUCGUUGGGUGAUUAUCCUUCUGCACUUUCAUCGUAUGAGAAAGCAUUGAGAAUUGAAGAGAAGUCUUUAACUACGGAUGAUCCUCUGCUUGCCACAACGUAUUGUAGUAUCGGAUUAAUGCAUAGAACAUUGGCCAAUUACGACAAGACAAAAGCAUUCUAUGAGAAAGCACUUGCAAUUCGUCAAAAAGUGUUACCGCCGAAUCAUCCGGAUUGCGGAUCUAUGUUUAGUCAUAUGAGCGGACUUUAUCAAGAGAUGGGCGAUUACUCAAAGGCUCUCGAAUAUGCUCAAAAAGCACUCGACACUCGAAAAAGAUCCCUCCCAGCAAAACAUCCCGACUUAGCUACAAGCUAUGGAAACUUGGGAUCUGUUUAUAGUUGGAUGGACGAUAAAAGCAAAGCACUGGAGUACUAUGAAAAAGCUUUAGAAAUAAGGGAAGCAUCCCUUCCAGAAAACCAUCCAGAUCGAGCCAGUAGUUACAGUUGCAUCGGAUCAAUACAUAACACGAUGGAAGAUUAUCCCAAAGCACUUUCCUAUUUCGAAAGGGCACUUAAAAUUCGGAAGCAGGCUUUUCCCGAAAAUCAUCCUAUCUUUGCUGAUACCUACGAUAACUUUGGAUCAGUUUAUAGCUCAAUGGAUGAAAAGUCAACUGCAUUGUCAUAUUAUGAGAAAGCACUCCAUAAUCGUCAGUUUUCACUUCCAUCGAAUCACCCAGAUACGGCUACUAGUUAUAACAAUCUCGGUAUGGUUUACAGCUCGAUGGGAGAUAAACAAAAAGCAUUAGCAUCGUACAAAAAAUCACUUCAAUUGAAACAGAGCUCAUUACCUCCGAAUCAUCCAUCGCUUGUUCUCGCAUACAAUAACAUCGGGUCGGUUUACCAAUCGAUGAAGGAUUAUCCAACCGCACAGUUUAACUACCAGAAAGCGUGUGAAAUUUGUCAGAAUAAUCCACAACUGCGCCAAUCAGAUAAGUCAGUUGAUACUUUCACCAAAAUUGGUUCACUGCACUAUCAGACGAAAGAGUACACUGUUUCUCUUUCGUUCUUUGAGAAAGCAUUAAAAAUACAUAGUAAAUUAUCGGCUCCUGAAAAUCGGGAACUGGCAUAUAUUUAUAAUCAGGUCGGUGUGACCUAUUCUGCAAUGAAAGAAUAUGAAAAAGCACUCUCAUACUACGAGAAGGAACUCCAAAUUGAACACAAGCUUCUUCCUGCGGAUCAUCGAGAUGUAGCAACUUCGUACAGUAACAUUGGAAUAGUUUAUCAUUCAUUAAAAGAUUACUCUAAAGCAUUGGCUUAUCACGAAAAGGCACGAGUGAUUCGAGAAAACAAACUUUCACCUGAUAGUCUCAUACUUGCCUCUACUUUCUCUAAUAUCGCUGCUGUUUACUUCGANCACAUUAAUCAUCAGCUGGGAUAUGUGUUCAGUGCAAAAGGAGACUACAAGACAGCACUUACCUAUUAUGAAAAGGCUCUUCAAGGUAAAGUCGAUGCCGUGGGAGCGGAAGACUCAUCUUUAGCUCCAACAUAUAACAAUAUUGCUGGUGUUUAUCAGUCGUUGGGUGAUUAUCCUUCUGCGCUUUCGUCUUAUCAUAAAACAUUAAGCAUAGAAGAAAAGUCGCUUUCUACUGACGAUCUAGCACUUGCAACUACGUACGGGAACAUUGGACUAGUGCAUCGUUUACUAGCAGAUUAUAAACAGGCACUUUCAUUCUACGAAAGAGCGCUUGCGAUUCGUCAAAAAACAUUACCACUUAACCAUCCUGACUUAGCAACCACGUAUGGUAAUAUAAGUGGGUUGCACCAAGAUAUGGGUGACUAUUCCAAGGCUCUCGAAUAUGCUCAAAAAGCACUUGACACUCGAAAAAGAUCCCUUCCGUCAAAACAUCCCGACUUAGCCACAAGCUAUGGGAACUUGGGAUCCGUCUAUAGCUCGAUGGGUGAUAAAACAAAAGGGCUAGAGUACUAUGAAAAAUCACUGAAGAUUCGAGAAGCAUCGCUUCCAGAAAACCAUCCAGAUCGAGCUCAUAGUUAUAGUUGUAUUGGAUCGAUAUACAACGCGAUGGAAGAUUAUUCCAUGGCGCUUUCGUAUUUUGGCAAAGCACUUGCAAUCGAGAAGCAAGCUUUUCCCGAAAAUCACCCUAGUUUCGCCAGUAUUUACGAUCAUUAUGGAUCAGUCUACAGUUCAAUGGACGAUAAAUCAAACGCGCUGUCAUAUUAUGAGAAAGCACUCGCAAUUCGUCAACGUUCAUUUGCAUCGAAUCAUCCAGAUAUCGCAAUCAGUUACAAUAAUCUUGGUACAAUUUAUAGUGCCAUGGAAGAUCAUCGAAAAGCCUUAUCAUCUUAUAAAAAGUCUCUUAAAAUCGAACAAAGUUCGUUACCUCCGAAUCAUCCAUCAAUUGUUACUUCGUAUAACAACAUUGGAUCAGUGUACCAGUCAAUGAAGGAUUAUUCUACUGCACAGUUCAACUACCAAAGAGCGUGUGAAAUUUGUCAGAAUAAUCCACAGCUUAGCCAAUCCGCUAAAGCAGCUGCGACUUACAGUAGAAUUGGAUCGCUGCAUCAUGCAACAAAAGAAUAUACUACUGCCCUAACAUUUUUCGAAAAUGCGCUCAAGAUCCAGCGCAAAUCACCGAAUUCUGAGAGUCGCGAGACGGCUAUGAUUUAUAAUAAUCUUGGUUUAACUUACAGUGCAAUGAAUGAGCACGAGAAAGCACUUUCGUAUUACGAAAAAUCACUUGAACUUGAACAGAAAACGCUGCCUGCAGAUCAUCGAGACAUAGGAACUUCAUACAGCAACAUUGGAAUAGUCUAUCAUUCACUACAAGAUUACUCUAAAGCAUUGGCUUAUCACGAAAAGGCACGAGUGAUUCGAGAGAACAAACUGUCACCUGAUAGCCUCAUACUUGCCUCUACUUUCUCUAACAUCGCUUCCGUUUAUUUCGACACCAAAGAUUAUACACAAGCAGUGACAUUCUACAAGAAGAGUCUUCGUAUACGAGAGAAAUCUUCAUCGACUGAGGAACUCGACUUGGCUACUAAUUACAACAACAUUGCUGCCGCAUAUAGUCACACCAAUGAUACAUCCAAUGCUCUACGAUAUUACCAAAAAGCGUUGACUAUUCGAGAACGACAACUAUCGUCUGAUGAUCCAACACUUGCAUCAACCAACAACAGUAUUGCCUCCGUAUAUUUCGAUAUGAAGGACUAUUCGAAUGCUGUCUUAUUCUACAAGAAGGCAGCAACAAUACGAGAAGGCAGCGCAUCGCGAGAUGAGGCCGAACUCGCAACGAACUAUAAUAAUAUUGCAGUUGCUUAUAGUUGGAUGAAUGAUGAUGCGAAUGCUCUUCAAUACUAUAAGAAAGCAGUGGUUAUUCGCGAAAAAGUGCUUUCUGGCAACGAUCUCGUUCUGGCUUCAAACUACACAAAUAUUGCAUCGAAGUACAGUGCGAUGAAAGAGUAUGCGAAAGCAAUCGAAUUUUAUGAGAAGUCAAUCGCCAUUCGUGAGGCGACUUCUUCCGGAGAUGAUGCAGAACUCGCAACGAACUAUAAUAAUACAGCAGUUGCUUAUAGCUGGAUGAAUGAUGAUGCGAAUGCUCUUCGGUACUACAGGAAAGCAGUGGCUGCUCGAGAAAAGUCUGUCUCUCCAGAUGAAUCUUUACAGGCUGCCAAUUACUCGAGUAUUGCAUCAAUCUGUCAUACUACAAAGGAGUAUGCUAAUGCAAUCGAAUUCUAUAAGAAAUCUAUUGCCAUUCGUGAGAAAUCUCCAACAACGGAUGAGCUUGAUCUAGCGACUAACUACAACAAUCUUGCUGUUGCAUACAAUGCUAUCGAAGAUCGACAACAUGCUCUCAAAUACUACAAAAAAGCAGUUGCCAUUCGAGAGAAGAAGCUCUCUUCGAACGAUCCAUUGUUGGUCCCUCUCUAUAGCGGCAUUGCUUCAAUCUACUCAUCGAUGGAAGAUAAGACAGCAGCUAUUGAAUGGUAUGAAAAAUCACUCAGAAUUCAAGAAACGUUACCCUCGCCAAAUCAUCAAUCAAUGGCUAUAAUGUAUUACAACACAGCCAGAGCGUAUGAAGAUCUUAAAAAUCUUUCUGCAGCUGUCACCAAUGCUGAACGAUCCCUUGUCAUUGCUCGUUUAGCUUUUAGUUCGGACUUAUCGAAAAUAAAACUCUACGAAGAUUUAGUGGAACGACUGCGCAAGAAACAAUAA